AUGGCCAGAGCCAGGCCAAAUGGGAAUUCAUUUGAUCACUCCGACCAACGGAACCAUUUUCUUCUGCAAAACUGUCUCGAACGCCUCAAAGAUUGGCGGCGGAACACCCCGGAAAAUAUCAUGACCGUUAAAGUAACCAUCGAUAUACACUACCAUGUCGUCCUUCUUAACCUUUAUGAACCAGGCCUUUACUAUAAUCACGAGUCUCAAGAUUUUCGCCCUCCUUAUGCAAUACAGACUUUUCUGUCUACGACUACAUUCGAUCCAGAUACGCCACAGUAUAUUGAUACGCGUAUAAAGUGCCUAAAUGCGGCUCGGAACCUAAUACAGUUGUUCCUGCAAUUCUCCUCAAAGGCUCUACAACAAGUUCCUGUUGUCGUCUUUACCAGGAUGAUGUAUACUGUUGUCAUGGUCAUCAAGCUCGAAGUUUUAAAUGGGCCGACCAUUCAUAGAAAGGAUGUGUCUGAGGCUGGACAGAAUUUUGCUCUAGAUUUGAUAAGUCUUGUAAUCGAAAAGCUCAAACUGUCAUCGGACAUGGGAAGCUUCUCUAUUCCAGCAACUUUCCAUGCCGUGUUGGGGAGACUGCACAGCCGUUGUGUCGAUAGCUAUUGGUGUUUGGUUAUGGGACAGAAUGAGAUCAAUGAGACAGUCAAACCUCUGAUGAACCUUGAAGUUCAAAAUUCGAGCAAAGAGAAAGAAGGCACACUUUUAAGAGCAUAUUAA